ACUUGUCGGAGGCGCGUCGUGGCAUCCUCUAAAUACCGCAUAUUCGAUCAAACUCCGCGACCCAACAUCAAGAACAUUAAAAGAAAAAGAAUUAAAAACAUUAUAAACAAUAAAAAGACAAUACAUCCAACCUCAAAAAAUAAACACAAAUAUUCAUCCUUAAAAGACACCCUACAAACAUCAGGCUCAACUGGCGUAACCUUUGAACGCAGCUCUAUAGAGUCCACAGUAGAUACAGACAGUGUCUGAUCAGACAUAGGGUAUCCACUAUGAAGGAGUCAACGAAGAAAUGUAAUUUAUUCAAAGACCAGUGCAAUUUCCUUGUCUCCAAAGUGAAUGGACAAGGCGUUCCUCGACCUUGAAAACCAGAAGAGCAUUUCCGUACCUUUUUUUUGGACGAUAAGUUAGAGUUCGGAGUGCAAGGGUACACGAGGAUGAAGCACAAAGCUGGGAACAGUGGUGCGACAGAAGUUCGUCACGCGUGAAGCUGCGGGUAGUUUUCGUGCGACAGGAUCGGUGAUGCAGGUGAGCGACCGCAGGUGAGAUCAUGUGCAACGCGCGAGGAAAUUGAUCAGCGAUCACGGAAAAACAAUGGCAGUGUCAGGGCACUACUAAGGGACACAGGAGAAUGCCAGCUGUGAAGGGAUUCCGAGUCAACCGAGGGGGAGCAUGAAGUAGCCGGGGACAACGGUGUUCCAUUGGCCCGAGGGGCUUUUCCACCAGCGACAGCAACAGGAACAGGCUGAGACAUGGAGAAAUGCGGCGGGGAAUUACCGAAGCACGAGUGGUGCCACAGGCUCAGCCUUCGUGCCAGUCGAAGGAGUCAUCAGGGAGAGGUUGGGAACAGGCCAGUAACAGGCUCAGUGAGGAGCACAAGAAGAUGGGCCAGCCUACGACAACACGUGAGCAACACGGAGGCCGGGAAGCCCAAAGUCGAGUUGCUCCUUAAUCCUCCAGGAUCGAAGUCCUCGACACCGUCCUCGCAGCCGCACACGCCUAACACGCCGCGAACACCGCACACACCGCUCAAGAAGUCCAACUGGGAAGUGAUCGAACACUUCACCGGUGCACCGAGGCCCUCCAUUAUCACGAUGGGCAGGGGCUCGGAAGUUGGGGUUGGACUCACGAACGGAAGGGAAACAACGCAGGAAACCACCGUAAACACGUCGAUAACACGACCGCCGAGGAAAUGCGCGCUCUGUCGGUUUUUGAACUCGCUGUGCGCCUCGCAUCGCUUCAAGAACUUGCAGGUGGAAAUGCUGUAUCAAAGGUACUUCCUGCGAAUGAACCAGAGCAACAUGACACACGUACUGGGCCUGCUGGCGGGACUAGCAAUUGCUCUGGGCCUUCUACUAUUCCUUCGAUUAUUCUUCGAAGAUAAUCAACAAUUUCUAGUCAUGCUGGAGAGGCCUGAAAACCUUACUCUAGCCCUCACACUCAUCCUUUGCGUCAUGGUAUAUUCUGCUCUAGUAGCCGCAAUCUCCAGGCCAGGAAUGAACGAAGUCUGGUUAGCUGGCGUCAGCGGCAUCAUCCUGGUGACCCUGCUAGCCAUGCAGGUGUCACUGAGCGUCCACUUAGCUGUAGACUCCAAGGAGCACCGAAGUGGAGGACCACUAGCCGCCGCGUGGGCUGUGUGCUUCUUCAUUUACACGGCCUACGCUCUGCUCCCCAUCAGAUUACGUUACGCCUGCCUCGCAGGAUUCGUCUUCUCUUUGGCACACCUGAUCGGCGCAUUCGUCCCGUGCAUUCUGUAUCCCGCCCAUUACCCGGCCAUGAUGGAACACUUGCUGACCUCCAUCGUAGUAGUCGGCGGAACGAAUAUGGCAGGUGUGCUGACGCACCACCCACGCGAGCUGGCGCAAAGGCAGGCGUUCCUCGAAACGAGACAAUGCGUCGAGGCGCGUCUCACCACGCAGAGGGAGAACCAGCAACAGGAACGUCUCCUAUUGAGCGUGUUGCCGAGGCACGUAGCCAUGGAGAUGAAAGCGGACAUCGCUGGCAAACCGAAGGAUACCAUGUUUUACAAAAUUUACAUCCAAAGGCACGAGAACGUCAGUAUCCUGUUCGCGGACAUCUGCGGGUUCACGUCGUUAUCGGAUCAAUGCACCGCCGAGGAGGUCGUCAGAUUGCUGAACAAAUUGUUCGUAUGGUUUGACACCCUUGCAGCUGAGCACCACUGUCUACGGAUCAAAUUGUUAGGGGACUGCUACUAUUGCGUUUCUGGGCUUCCGGAGCCGAGGCCCGAUCACGCUCGGUGUUGUGUGGAAAUGGGUUUGGACAUGAUUAGCGCAAUCACGAUGUAUCGAGAGGUGGGAGCCGUGAACGUGAACAUGAGGGUGGGAAUCCACACAGGCAGAGUACAUUGCGGCGUUCUAGGUCUGAGAAAAUGGCAAUUCGACGUCUGGAGCAACGACGUCACCCUCGCGAAUUACAUGGAAAGCGGCGGAGUGCCCGGGCGAGUACACAUUACAAAAGAGACCCUCGACUGUCUGGGUGGUUAUUACAAGGUGGAGGAGGGCCACGGGGGCGAGAGGAACGCGUACCUCAAGGAGAACAAUAUCAAAACGUACCUGAUCGUCCCCGGGGACUCGUUCAAGGGCAACGUUCCGUCCGCGGGGCUGAGAAAGGGGCUGCCGGCGAACGGCAACGUGUCUAAGGAGAUGAGAAUGAUAGGGUACGGUUCGCAACACGGCAAACAGGCCAAGCUAGGCUUCGGCGAGACGAACGAGCCGAAGAAGGAUCCAGAGGACGAGGUGAACGAGUACCUGAUGAGGGCGAUAGACGCCAGGAGCAUAGAUCGAUUAAGGGCUGAAAACUGCACCCCAUUUAUUCUAACAUUCCGACGGCCUGAUGUUGAGGAAAAGUACUCCCGCGAACGAGACAGAAUGCUUUCCGCGUAUUUCGUUUGCUCCGGCUUGGUCUACAUGGUGGUCGUGACCGCUAUAGCAAUCACACUGAACGGGAGUGUAUAUUUCUACACUUGCAUAACAGUGAGUUCUGUACUCAUUGCUCUGGUGAAUGGGAUCCUACUGGCUGAGAAGAACGAGAAGGUACCAAAAUACCUUCGAAACGUGGCAGUGCAUAUUUUGGAAAACAGAGGAAUUUCACAGGGCCUGGCCACAUGUGUUGUGUUCCUAACAUUUAUCACUUCCUUGAGUCCAUUGCUGACACUGGAAAGUGUGCGAGUAUGCAGCAAUGGAACGUUUUACCCUGACAAUUCGAGCGUGACGUUCCGGAGCAUAGAGGAAACCGACGACGUUUGCUACUAUACUGUCUUCGCGGAUCUUUUCCCGGUACUAGUGAUGCUGGUAAUGAUAACGUGCGCGGUCUACCAAAUCCUCACGUCCGUGUUCAAAGUGGCGAUACUCAGCCUAGUGGUCGCCUGCUACCUCGGGAUCAGUAUAUACGAGGCUGUGCACGAGAAAGACGUCGAACUGACUGGGAGAUGGCUGGCAGGCGUUCUCGUGGUUUUCUUUAUGGCCUGUCUGGUCGCCCACUCGCAGCACACGGAAGCUACGUACAGACUAGAUUUUCUGUGGAAGCUGCAAGCCACAGAGGAGAAAGAAGAAAUGGAACAUCUCAAGGCCUACAACCAGAAGCUCUUGGCAAACAUUCUUCCUGAACACGUAGCUGCUCACUUCAUGUCUACUGUCAAUUCAGACGAACUGUAUCAUGAGCAAUGCGACUUCGUCUGCAUAAUGUUCGCUUCGAUACCGAACUUUUCCGAGUUUUACGUGGAACUUGAAGCGAAUAACGAAGGAGUCGAGUGUCUGCGACUCCUGAACGAGAUCAUAGCAGAUUUCGAUGAACUGCUGGCCGAGGAACAAUAUAAGUACAUCGAGAAGAUCAAGAGCACUGGAGCCACCUAUAUGGCAGCAUCCGGUCUGACGAGAAGCACCUGCGACAUGAAAGACUACGGCCAUGUGACCGCUAUGGCGGACUACGCGCUCAGGAUACGCGAACAGCUGGCCUCCGUUAAUAAAGAGAGCUUCAACAACUUCCGGUUGCGCGUGGGCAUCAAUAUUGGACCGGUGGUAGCAGGUGUGAUAGGCGCGAGAAAGCCGCAGUACGACAUUUGGGGUAACGCGGUGAAUGUGGCCUCGAGAAUGGAGUCUACCGGUGUUUUAGACGGGAUCCAGGUCACACAGGAGGUUCGCGACAUCCUGAUUACCAAGGGAUAUCCGUUGACCUGUCGAGGCACCAUCCAGGUCAAAGGCAAAGGCAGCAUGGUGACAUAUUUCCUGGAUGGUCCACGCGAGCCCACGAAAUCAGCGAACCCAGAAAACAGAAGCAGCAUCAACAACAACAGCAACACUGAGGGCACAAUCUCCAGUAGCCUCGACGUUUGAGAACCAAUUAUUUAAAUUAACAAAAAUUCGUAAGGCAUAUAUAGGAUGAGAUAUAAAAACUAACACGAAUAAACGUGUCGAUAAAUGGUCUCAACGUCAGAAGAGAAUUUCUUAAGGCGAUUAAAUGAAAAUUGAGGAAAAAAGAAGUUACUCAAAGGGUUGUGUUCUUCGAAAGUCCCUAAGCGUGCGACAUAAUUUGUUUGAUUUGCAGAAAAUAGAUAGGAGAACGAGAAAUGAGAAACGAUUCUGAGGUUUUACUGAAAGAAGCGAGUUGGAAUAUAAGGAACUAAUUGUUUUUUUCUUCGAGGCAAAGGAAAAUUUGGGGGGAACUUAAUAAGGGAAAAGUGGACUGAGAAGAUGGUAAAUGAGAAAUGACUCGAGAAGAAUGAAUCUAAGGAUUCAUUCAGAAUCAAAGAAGUUUUAAUAGUUUAAAAAUAAUUUUUUCUCUCUGUAACAAAGGAGACAUUACAGAACUAUUAAGGAAAGCUGGAGCAAUUUGAGAAAUUAGAAAUAGAAAAAUGAUUCCGUGGGUUCAGUCAAAAUCGAAAAAGUCUUAAUGCUAUGAAAAUAUUUUUUCUUCUUCUAAUAAGAAGAAAUAAUUAAGCGUUGGAAAGUGAAAAAUGCCACUGGAGAUUCAAAUGUCAUCAAACGAUUUUUAAUGACUGAGCUGAUUAUUUAACGAAAAAGCAAGGAUCAAAGGAUAAGUGAAAAAUAUUUAGGAACAUUAAAUAAAUAGCCCAAGUGGAACACAACAACAAUUUGUUGAAAAUUUCUAACCGGUGAGAUCAGAUUAAUAAAUCUAAUGUUCGAAGAUGUUGAAAAUAGGGGAUUGAGUAUUUUUUAGAAUGAUUGGGGAAAGACGAUGUAUGUGAAUAGAGAAUGAAAUUACUGACAAGAAUGAUAUGCUUGAAAAGAAUUGCUUUAACUCGUGCUACAGAAUAUUAAUGUUUAAGUAAUUUUUCUGAGAAGUCUGCAGGGUGGUAUGGUCCCAUAAAUAAUUCGGUAUUCUUUUUAAUGUACAAACCAAAAUAUUAUCUAAGCGUGAUAAACAAGCAAAAACCAUUCGGAAAACGUUGAAUCAAAUAAUCACAACAAAACCUUGGAAAAUUAAUGCCGUCAAAGUUAUUAUUAUCUUCAAGUUGAUAACAAUGCCGAUAAUAAAAAGACAGAAUCACAGUAUGUAUUAUUAGUUUCAUAUUGAAAUUGAAGUUUCGAGCGCAUACAAUGGACAUAUCACUGCAAAACAUAUUACACCAGUUACACUACACGUUAUUUCCCACAAGAAAUGUUAUUAAAAGAUUUUUGAGAUUUCAAAAUAGCUAUAUUCAGCAAUUUCUGUUAACCGAAUUAUUUAUAGGAUGGGCCAAUAUUUAUGAAAACAAACGCGCGAGUGUUGUUGAAAGAUGACAUAUUUUGGAAAUAUUUUGGUCCAAAGUGAUCCUAAAAUUUUCCAGUAAAAAGGACAGUGAAAUAUUGAAGGGACAUGAUGUUCUAUAUGUUAGGAACUAUAAAAUCAAAUGGAUGUUAGAAUUAACAAAUAAUAUUACUAGGAAGCAAGUAAUAUUUUGUCAAGGACUUCUAUCAGCAAACUUUUUCGAGCCUAAAAGAAAGAUAUAUUUAUUAUACGUGCAAGAGGAAACGCUCUCUGUAUAGAGGAGAUUGCAAUGAAUCUGUAAAAUUGUAUUCCCAUAGUGAUUUCGAAGUUAAUUAAGGAGAAUGUAGCUUCACGUGAGUUACGACUGGACAAAAUGAUUUGGAAACGAAAAUUCUCCAAUGAUGGUGAUUCUAAAAAUUGUGAAAAUACAUUGAGUUGUUGCACAUCGAUGAAAUCGUGUAUUAAAAUGAUUAUUCGUUGAGAGACGAAAGACGUGUAUCAGAAAUAACUGUCACAGUAAUAAAAAGUAAUAGAAUUAGUCAACAGUAUAUAGACGAAUAUGAUUUUGGUCAAAAUUUUCGGAACUAGACAGGAAAAUAUAGAAUAUUUAACAGUUUGAAAUACAAAUUAAUGGAAAUUCAGUUAUAUAUGUUGUUUUCUGCACUCUAUUGGCAAUAUAAAAUAUUUAUUGUUAUCUUAUAUUACAAAUUGUGGAUAUUUAUAUACAACAAUAUGCUGCUGUACAUUUAUUGAUAGUAUCUAUGUUUGUAUGAUAUUUAUUAAACAAACACUAGCGCUACUGAUUGAAAAAAUAAGAAAUUGAAAAUACUUAAUGAGUGUGCAAUAACUUAAUGAUCGGAUUAAAUUAUCGAUUGUUUAAAAUCUCGAAGUGAAUUACUCCCAAACCCUUUCAAGUUUCGAAUUCGAAAAAGGCGACCUGAAUACUGAAGAAAUAUUCGAAAAAAAUUCAAAAAGAAAUAUCGAAACGAGCAAGCAAUAUUUAGUUUAUCGAAAUUGAAUAUCUGGAACACAAUCAUCGAGUGCCGUCCCUAAAAAUGGUUCAGUCGAUCUCCACACAUCAAUUUAGUAAAAGUAAGUAAGACUAACCAGUAGAAAAAUUCAAUUUCCAAUUGAUUAAAGCUCAAACUUUCGUCCUUAUCCCCUGUAAAAUGGAAAAACUAUCUUGUACUUAAAAAAAACGCAUCUCGUGUCAUUUGGUGUUCAAUCCAUAUCCCCCUUGACUCGAUAUCACUUUAAUUCGAAGACACGCCGCUUGACCAUUUUUUUAACGAACAGUGAGAUGAUUUACAUAAAAAAAAUUCAUAAUAUAAUUAAAUAUAAAUUCGAAAUUUAAAAUUUUAAAUCAACUGUCUGGAUAUUAUUUACAUUUCUCAAAUUAUGAAACAUUACAGAUAGUAAAACAUAUUCAACUAUUCUUGAAGGAACUAUUAUGUUAUAUCUCUUAAUAUUCUUUUACAAAUAUAUUACUGCGUUAUUGAUCACAUUUGCAUUUUAACAUUCCUUUUUUGAAUUCAAUUGCGGAAGCUAAGUAUAAAUAGAAAAGCAACGUCUGCAAACAUCGCUGCAAAACAUAUUACACCAGUUACACUACACAUUACCUUCCACACAUGAUUUGAUGCAUUGGUUCACGAGAUCAAUGAUUUUAUUGUUUGGAAGGUCAUGUUUCAUGCAGCUUGCGUGACACAUUCUCCAGUGCAUUUUAUUCAAAGUAACAUUGAUUAAUAUAAUACAAGAUUAAUAUGAACUGGAAAGGAAUGUAAUUAUUAAUAUCACACAUUGGACGACGAGUACGAACAAAUUAUUUUUCAAAUUCUAAAAAUCAAAGAAUGAUUAAACAAAUUCUUUGAUAAAAUGUCCCAAAUUAUUAUUGCAAUUCUAAACCAAUGAAGCAGUAUACAGAAUGAAAAUUCUAAAUCAAAAUAUCUAGGAACUAUUAUAUUUUUAUUCAAUUAUUCUUGAAUAUUUUAUAAUAACGAUUAUUAUAUUGUGUAAAAAUAUGGUCAGCUUAUUCAAACAUGUACGAAUUAGUCUCACUGCUCGUUUAUUAAUUACGCGUGUCUAAUGCUGUUUCUAGUCAAUGAAAAAGAAGAUUUAGGAGACUAAUCGUAGUGAGGUUAUCUGAACACAACGAAACCACGAUACGCAUUUCCUCCGCUUAGUUUUUUAUCCCGACGUUUGAUCUGAAAGGAAUGGGACCACGGAAGGUAUCUUUACCGAUAAUGUAAGCGACGAUGUAAUUAGAUGGAAGGUUGAAAACGAAAGUUUAAAUGAUACUAUAAUGAUUAUUAGAAACUAUUUUCGUUUGCUUAUGCAUUCAGAACACCUAUGAAUUUUCUUAUAAUAAAAUGAUAGAAGUAUUCCACACCAAUGUGGAUUCAUUUAAAGCAGAAAUAUAUCGCCUCUCGAUACUUUAUCUGCAAUUUAACCGGAUGCGAAGAAAAAUAGUUCGUUAAAAGAUAUCGCUGAUUCUUUUGCAGAGAGACUUUGAGAUGAUGAGUGAUCAAUUAAUAAAUUAUUACACCGUUAUACCAUCUGUCGAAGAAAAGGAGUUCAUAUUAAAUUAUUCAGUAUCAUUUAUACCUUAAUGAAUACUUUUUACCUAAUUUCAAUUAUUAUCCAUUCAUACACAUGUCUCACCUAUUUCUUUUACUGGGUUAGAAUAUUGUAUACUCUUGGUUUCCUGUAUCUAUAUUCAAGCUGUUUUGCAAUUUUCUAGUUGGAGUCGUGAGACUAUGAAUACAAAUGUUUAAAUACAAUAAUUCCAAUUCUUCGUAAAUAUAAUUAUUUUAUGAGCAACUAGCAAUUACCUAUUGUUUUUGAAUUCUUUGCUGUUAGAUUCAGAACUCUUUUCUACCAUAUUAAAUUUCUAAUAAUUAUUGGAUUAUUUAUCAUUUGAUAUACGUCCCUUUCUAUCGUACCACAUUUCUAAUAAUAAUUACUUAUUUGUCAAUUGAUAUCAAUUCCUUUUUAUCAUAUUGAGUUUUCCAAAUCAAUUAUUCAUGAACUGAUAUAUCAUCCUUUCCGCCAUACUAAAUUUCCAAGAUCAUUUAUUCAAUCCUUUAUGAAUUGAUAGAAUCGCCUUUCUACCGUAUUAAAUUUCCAACGUCAAUUAUUAAUCAAUUGACGUACGUUUCUUUCUACCACAUUAAAUUUUUAAUAUCACCUAUUUAUAAAUUCAUAGAAUGUUCUUUCUAGUAUAUUAAAUUUGAAAUAUCAAUUAUUUAUCAAUUGAUAGAAGUUCUUUUAUCCCAUAUUUCAAUUCUCUCCUACGUCUCUCGAAAGAUCUCUCUCUCUCCCUCUCUCUCUGUCGAAGAAACAAAAUUCCCGCAUAGAAAUCCGCGCAGCCGAGCACGAGCUCGAUGGAUAUGCAAUUAUGCAGAUACAGGUCCGCGUGCGUGUGGUUCCAUGUGGGCGGGGAGCUCGUGCCCCGUAUCAAGAGUAACGUGAUCGAGACACGAGACGUGCUCCGAGAUUCAGUCACACGAAACCUUGUUGUGCAUCUCGACGCGGAGCAUAUGUGAAAUAUUAAGUUGGCCAAAAAGUUUUGUCAUUUUAAUAUCCAAAAUACUAUUUAUAUUUUAAUGUAUGUACACUGUAUGAUAGUGUAUGUACAUAAAAAUACAAGUAGAAAGCUUUCCAAUAAAUAUGAUUCAACUAUAAAUAGGAAUUGUUCGAACAAGUACGAUUGAAAUAUAAAUAGAAAAUGAUCGAAUUAAGAGAAAAAUUUUCAGUUAAAAUAUAAAUAACAGUGUGCAAAGUUAAAUGGAAUUUAAUACAGCGUGGUGAAUUGGUUUCUCAAGUUUCAUUUUAAAAUUGGAACAAGACUUUUUGGCCAAGUCAACCCUUAUGUUAGCAACUGAGAUGUCUUCGUUUGUUUAAAUUUUAAUGUUGCAAUAUCGCUGGAUAAAGCUUUUAUUUCGGGAAUUCUAAUUGACCUGAGAAUGGCUAAACAAUUAAAAUAAGGAGAAAUUUUAUUAAAUUGUUGGAGGAACAUAAGAAAUUUGGUAGAAGAAAUUUUAGAAAUAUUAUUAUUCAAAAUAAAUUUGAAGUAUUUCAAACAAACAUUCAAAAAUAUUUUUGAAAAUAAAUUUAGAGAGUGGCAUAUAAAAAUUCAAAAAUUUUAACAAAAAUUUGGAAACCAUAUUUUUAGAAACAACCUUCUAAACUUUAAAUAUAAAUUUAAAUAUACCGGAGUGACCGGUCGCUAACAAAAGGGUUAAUAUUCCCGCUGAAACGGUUCUUGUGGACGAAUUGUUGUAAAUAGCGGUGUACACGCGCGAAAGAUAGAUCGAUGUUCUGAUAUAGUCAAUAAAAACGGGACUUCCGCUCGGGAACGAUUUCGCCAGAGCGUAGCCAAAGUGUACCGUUGAAAUUCGUGAAAACGAUGAAAAAAGAAAGUCAAAAACACGUUCGCGUUGCGUGCAAAAGCGAAUUGCAAAAAACGCAUCGCAAAACAAACUCCAUUCAACACAACCAAACAGAAUCAAACACACCUCAAUAUAAAUCAACACAGACAAACACAGCAUACAUACAACAGUAAUAAAGUAUUAAAAAUCGUAUAGUAAAAACAUUUGCAUAAACGAGCCUAGACACAUUAUAAGCAGAAUCAAACAAUGCUGAAAUAUAGUAGAAAAAUAUAAUUAAACAUAGUUACACAAUUAAAUACGGUCGACUAACAGUCAAACACAAUUCAUCAAUCAAACACAUCAGUGGAAAAUAGAAUUGGCAUAUAAAGUAUUAAAACAAUUAUAUAAAUUAUGUGGCAUAUAUAAACAUUGAUAUAUACAAUGAAAUAAAAUAUGAAAAAUAUAUAAAGAGAAAAGAGUAAUCUGCACCAGCGGACGCAGCAUGCAGAAAAAUUUCCUGUUGAUUAAAUAUUAUCACACGAACGCGGCCAAAUUCAACGAUUCGUCGAAGCUUUGAAAUAUAUACAUAACGCCAUUUAUUUGUCCGAAGCUUUAAUAAAAAUAAAUUGCAAAAUUUUACGCAAAAUAUCGAGAAACUAAAUGUUAGAGAUUCUGUUAGAGAGUUUCUUAUUUAAAUCUGAAAUUGUGACGAACCGAGUGUUAAUAUGGAAACGCUCUGAAAAUAAGUGAAAAUUUACAGUUGAUAUUGUGGUUUAUUAGACGAGCCUGGAUUGUUUUUAAAAUUGCAAUGAUUAGGCCUACAUUAUAUAAUUCUAGUACAUGAUCUUUAAUGCAAUUGAAAUCUCUACAGUUUUAAUGAAAUUUAAAUAACUUUGAAACAGAAUUUUUUGAUUUAAAUUUUAAAUAUAUUAAAACGGAUUAAUAAUGCGCGGUUGUAAACAUCUAAAGGAUGAUUAAAUUCCCGACAAUUUAAACGAGUUUAUACGGCGGGCUUUUGAGGUUCGAAAUGAUUAUUCGUUUAUUUCCAAACGGUUUCAAUUAAGAUUCCAUCGCGACUGGAAUAUUCACAAAAUUAAACACCGCUGAUCGACCUAUAUUCCGCUUUUCACUUUCGUAAACCGUUUCGCUUUUAAUUCAAAAUAUUCCGUAACGCAAGUUUUUAGCGUUGCUUUGGGGCAACCUUCCAACUACCUGAUCACGCAAACUAAUUAAACGCAAGCGAAAUGCUUCUGAAAUUAGAAAGAAAAAACCUAAGAAAUACUAUAUUCUAAAAUAGUUGAAAAAUUGAAAACGCGAAAGUUGAAUGACUGAAUAAUUGAAAGCUGAUUAACUGAAUAACUGAAAGUAGAAUAAGUGAAAUAAUUGAAAAUUUUUUAAUCGCGAUUUAACCAAUAUUUUUAUUCGUAAGCAAUUACUUUUCCCUAAUUCGAAAUUUUCUAAUCUUUGGUGUCCUUCCCGAGCGCUACGUUACAGCGCUGCAUCAGAACACUGCGUUUGGGUUUCCAUUUCAGCGCUGCUGCAGGGCACUACGUUAGAGUGCAUUGCAGCGCUGCCCGAUGGCACUACGUUAGAGUGCAUUUGAACGCUACGUUAGAGCGUUAAUCCAAGCGUCGCUGGUGCAGGGCAUGCAAAACAAAAUUCUACAAACUAUCUACCAACACACACACAAAACAUUGCAUCAACUCAAGUUCAACAAGGGAAAGACAUUGGAAGAUUGCACUUUGCCUAGCUCCGAAAUACGUUCCUAGCGAGGAACACACGUUGAAAACAAGUUACUAUGUAUAAUUGUAUACAAAUAUUGUGAUCAAUGUGAUUCUCCAAAGCGUUUCAAUUUAGCCACCAGUCAAUUGAAUCCUGACGACACUCUCCGUCUGAUAUGCAGCGCGAAUCGAA